AUGGCCUACCGCUCCUGCGUCGUCGGCUUCAGCAGCCUCAGUGGCUGUGAGGUGACACCCGCGGGCAACCCCCAGCCUGGGACCUCAGGAUGGGGCAGUCGUGGGCUCCCUGGGCCUGGCUUCAGCUCUCGAAGCCUCACAAGUUGUAGGCCAGCUGGCAUCAUCCCCAAGGUGACUGUGAACUCCAGCCUGUUGGUGCCUCUGAACCUCAAGGUGGACCCAGCUGUCCAGCAGCAGAAGAACCAAGAGAAGGAAGAGAUGAAGGUCCUCAAUGAUAAAUUUGCCUCCUUGAUUGGCAAGGUGCAGGCUCUGGAGCAACGCAACCAGCUGCUAGAGACCCGCUGGAGCUUCCUCCAAGGCCAGGGCUCAGCUACCUUCGACCUCAGCCACCACUAUGAAACAUUCCAGAGUCGGCUGCAGGAAGAGCUGCGCAAAGUGAGCCAGGAGCGGGGACAGCUGGAGGCCAACCUGCUUCAGGUGCUAGAGAAAGUGGAGGAGUUUCGCAUCAGGUAUGAGGACGAGAUCUCCAAACGCACAGACCUGGAGUUCACCUUUGUCCAGCUGAAGAAGGACCUGGAUGCCGAGUGUCUCCGACGAACUGAACUGGAAACCAAGCUGAAAGGCUUGCAGAGCUUCGUAGAGCUGAUGAGAGCUGUCUAUGAGCAGGAGCUGAAAGACCUUACAGCCCAAGUGAAGGAUGUGUUGGUGACCGUGGAUCUGGACAGUCGCUGCCACAUUGACCUGAGCGGCAUUGUGGAGGAGGUGAAGGCCCAGUAUGAUGCCAUUGCUGCUCGAAGCCUGGAGGAGGCAGAAGCCUAUUCACGGAGCCAGCUGGAGGAACGAGCUGCCCGCUCAGCAGAGUUCGGGAGCAGCCUCCAAAGCAGCCGCUGUGAGAUCGCAGACCUCAACGUGCACAUCCAGAAACUUCGGUCUCAGAUCCUCUCCAUCAAGAGCCAUUGCCUGAAACUGGAGGAGGACAUCAAGGUGGCUGAGGAGCGAGGCGAGCUGGCCUUCCAGGACGCCAAGGACAAGCUGGCCCAGCUGGAAGCUGCCCUGCAGCAGGCCAAACAGGACAUGGCCAGGCAGCUGCGCGAGUACCAGGAGCUCAUGAACACCAAGCUGGCCCUGGACAUCGAGAUCGCCACCUACCACAAGCUGGUGGAAGGGGAAGAAAACCGGAUGGACCUGCCUUCUGCCACUGUGGUCAGCGCUGUGCAAUCCCGAUGCAGGACCACUGCCCCCAAGUCUGGCCUCUCCAGGACGCCCUCGCGGAAGAAGAAGAACCGCAGUGGCCCUGUGAUCAAAGUCACUGAGAUCUCAGAGAAGUACCUCUCCCAGGAGUCAGAGGCCUCAGAGUAG